AUGGAUCUAACAAAUUUAAUCUACCUUAUAUCAGCUAGUGUCCUGAUACUAUAUUUGUAUUCAAAAUGGAAAUUUUCCUUCUGGAAAGACAGAAACGUCUACUAUUUAGAACCAACAUUCCUAUUUGGAAAUUUGGGUGAGUCGAUGAGGAAAAUAACUCCUACUGUCGCAGUAGUUUCAAGACUUUACAAUGAAGUUAAAGCCAGAGGAGAAAAAUACGGUGGUUUCUACGCGUUUUGGUCACCACAGCUAGUACCAGUUGAUUUGGAAUUGAUUAGGUGCAUUGUGCAUAAAGAUUUUGCACAUUUUACGAACCAUGGUUUUUAUGUGAAUGAGGAAAGGGAUCCCUUAUCCGGUCACUUGUUUAAUUUGGAGGACGAUAAAUGGAGGAACCUGAGAUCGAAGCUUACUCCUACAUUUACGUCAGGUAAAAUGAAGAUGAUGUUCCAAACAAUGGUAGACUGCACAAAUGGUUUGCAAGAAAUGUUGAAAGAAUCGGCUACUAUUAAUGACCCAAUUAAUAUUAAAGAUGUUCUAUCUAGAUUUACAACUGACGUUAUCGGUUCUGUGGCUUUCGGUCUAGAAAUCAACAGUAUGAAAAAUCCAGACUCGGAUUUUUUAAAAUACGGCAAAGCUAUUUUCCAUGCCACAUUAUGGAGAAGAAUAAUUUUCUUUGUAUUAACAGUAUUUCCCAGAUGGCUAACUAAAUCAGUUGGUGUUAAAGUAUUCUCAAGAGAUGUUGAAUCCUUUUACAUAAAUCUAGUCAAAGAUACAGUCAGAUAUAGAGAAACAAAUAACAUUUAUCGUAAAGAUUUCAUGCACCUUUUAAUUCAGUUGAAAAAUAUUGGUAGGGUUACAGAUGACGCAGACGGUUUAUCUGCCCAACAAUCUAUUAACAACGCUCAAGGUUUGACAAUUAAUGAAAUGGCUGCCCAAGCAUUUGUGUUCUUUAUAGCUGGAUUUGAAACGUCUGCUACAACAAUGACUUUUGCUCUUUUGGAGUUGUCGCAAAACAAUGACGUUCAAGAUAAGGUUAGAGAGGAAAUUAAUCGUGUACUACAAAAACAUGACAAUAAAAUUACUUAUGAGGCUAUUAUGGAAAUGGAGUAUUUAGAGAAAGUUGUGUCAGAAACAUUAAGGAAACAUCCUCCUGUAAGCUUAUUACCAAGAGUGUGUAAUAAGGAUUAUAAAAUAGAAAAUAGUGAUUUAGUGAUAAAGUCUGGAUUAAGAAUCACUAUUCCAGUCAUAUCAAUUCACAUGGAUCCCGAAUAUUAUCCGAAUCCAGAUAAAUUUGAUCCAGAACGAUUUAGUGAAGAAAACAAAGCUAAAAGACCCGCGUUUACAUUUAUGCCUUUUGGAGAAGGACCUCGCACGUGCAUUGGUUUAAGAUUUGGAAAACUUCAAACCAAAGUUGGUUUGUGUUCAGUAUUAAAAAACUACAAACUAACCUUAAACGAAAAAACUGAAUCACCAAUUAAAUAUGACUUUGGAUUCAUUUUGGCAGUUAGGAAUGGAGUUUGGUUAAAUUUGGAAUCUUUACAAUAA